UAAUUUGGUGGCAAGUUAAAGCGUGCGGCGUCGUGUAAAUUUCAUUUGGGCGGGGGGAUAGCUUGUGCUGUUGUUGGACAUUGGAGAGCGAGCGAGUGUGAGAUGGUGCUAUGAAUUUAUGGCCUGCUCUUUCUCUUCGCUGCUUCACUUUCAAUCCCUUAUCCUUUGGAGAAGCUUCAAGUUGUUUGGCCCAGGAGCUCGCAAGAGGCUCGGGCACCACUGGCGCACUCCCAACAAGCUCACUUGUCGUCUCCAUUUUUCUCCUAUAACAUCCGCAAAGGGACAUUGUAAUUUAGCCGCCAGUGUUCACUCGGCAUUACCCGGACUUGUUCAUGACAAUGGAGAUUUGCUGGUUGAUUCAGGGAAGCGUGAAGAUAAAAUUGUAAAUAGUAACCCUUCAAAUGGUAGAGUAAUGCUCAUUGACGGCACAUCCAUCAUCUAUAGAUCAUACUACAAGCUUCUUGCCAAGUUACACCAUGGCCAUCUGACACAUGCUGAUGGAAAUGGAGAUUGGGUGCUGACCAUAUUUACAGCGCUUUCUCUUAUAAUUGAUGUGCUACAGUUUGUUCCUUCCCAUGUGGCGGUGGUGUUUGACCAUGAUGCUGUUUUCUCAAGCCCAAUUUUUGAUAAGACAGACCUUCUCUUUUCAGGAGGUUCAUUUGGUCAAACUAGUGUUUCAUCCAAAGAAAGUGUUAGAGGAAAAGGCAUGAAUUUUCGUCAUACUUUAUACCCCGCAUACAAGAGCAAUCGCCCCCCUACACCGGAUACCAUUGUUCAGGGACUUCAGUACUUGAAAGCAUCCCUCAAAUCUAUGUCCAUCACGGUUAUUGAGGUUCCAGGUGUGGAAGCUGAUGAUGUGAUUGGAACAUUGGCUGUUAGGAGUGUUGAUAAUGGUUACAAGGUACGAGUUGUCUCCCCAGACAAAGACUUUUUUCAGAUCCUAUCUCCUUCAUUGCGCCUUCUACGAAUUGCUUCACGUGGCUUUGAGAUGGUUUCAUUUGGAAUGGAGGACUUUGCUAAAAAAUAUGGAACCUUGCAACCCUCUCAGUUUGUUGAUGUGAUGUCACUUGUUGGUGACAAAUGUGAUAACAUUCCAGGGGUUGAUGGAAUUGGAAACGUUCAUGCUCUGCAACUCAUCACUAAAUUUGCCUCAUUGGAGAAUUUAUUGCAGUGUGUGCAUCAAGUUGAGGAAGAACGAAUCAGAAAGGCCUUGAUAGCAGGUGCUGAACAGGCUAUAUUAAGCAAGAACUUGGCACUAUUACGUUCUGAUCUUCCAUUCUACAUGGUACCAUUCAAUACAAAAGAUCUGGCAUUUAUAAAACCUGAGGAUGAUGGAGAGAAAUUCAGGAGUCUCUUGACUGCCAUUAGUGCGUAUGCGGAAGGAUUUUCUGCUGAUCCAGUCAUAAGAAGAGCAUUUUACUUAUGGAACAAACUACAAAACCAUAACCAAGUUUCCUAGUUUUGCAUUACAGUCUGGACUCUGGAGAAGAGUAUGAUGCCCAAGCUUGUUAGAGAAUACACUUGUAGCAGAAGGUGCAUCAUGGAUUUUGUUUUGCAACUUAUUUUGAUACUCUGGUAUACAUGCUCAAAAUAGCUACCGACUUCCUGAGAUAUCUGAUGUUUUUUCUAUGGAUUUUAUUAGUGUAGAUAUAAUCUUAGUGUAGAGUGUCUACCAACUAUGUUUAUGUACAGUGAAAACAAGUUUUAAAAUCAGGCCUGACAAAUGGGUCAGUUUUGCGGGUUACCAACGCGUUGUUUAGUUGUAAACACAGCUUAAACUUGGCGGGUUACCUUUUGGAACCCAUUCAAUAGAAGUUUUUAUUUUAUUAUUA